AUGGGAACAAGUAGGUCCAACAGGUACAGCAUUGUGUCAGACAUUUUACCAGAGGAGGAACGUCAGAAGAUCUCUAGCUUAGGACUCCACAACGGCAGCAGUUCCCCCAGCUUCCGACUGCAGUCAGCCUGCAACACAGAGACAGAAGACAGUGGGAGGAGGUCGGUUGCCUCCGCUUCCGUGCCCAGCACGAGGGGACAAGGAGGGAUGAACAACUACAACGGGAAGAUUCUGACAAGGGGCUCCAGCCAAGUACGGAGCCGAUUCGUAAAGAAAAAUGGACAAUGUAAUGUUGUAUUCACCAACAUGGAAGAAAAGAGGCAGCGCUACCUAGCUGACAUCUUCACCACCUGUGUGGACAUCCGCUGGAGAUACCUGCUGCUUAUAUUCUGCACCAGCUUCAUGGUGUCCUGGCUUUUCUUUGGAAUUAUCUUUUACACUGUCUCCCUCGCACAUGGGGACUUUCAGGAGCACCCUACUCCACAAAGGAUGCCCUGCAUACUUCAUGUCCAAGGAUUUGUUGGAGCACUCCUGUUCUCCAUGGAGACCCAGACCACUAUUGGCUAUGGCUGGCGCUGUGUUACAGAGGAGUGUCCUGUCGCCGUGAUAACAGUGGUGAUCCAGUCUAUUGUAGGCUGUAUCAUCGACUCUUUCAUGAUUGGCACCAUCAUGGCCAAAAUGGCACGGCCAAAGAAGAGGAACCAGACCCUCAUGUUUUCCAAAAACGCUGUAAUUGCCCUGCGUGAUGGAAAGCUGUGCCUCAUGUGGAGGGUGGGAAACUUGCGGAAGAGCCACAUUGUGGAGGCUCAUGUUCGUGCCCAGCUCAUACGGUCAUAUGUCACAGCUGAGGGUGAGUUCAUCCCCUUGGAGCAGAUGGACCUCAGUGUGGGCUAUGAUGAGGGCACAGACAGGCUGUUUCUAGUUUCCCCGCUGGUUAUAGUCCAUGAGAUAGAUAAAGACAGCCCCUUGUAUACUUUAAGCCGAGCUGAUCUGGAGGCAGAUGACUUUGAGAUUGUUGUGAUCCUGGAGGGGAUGGUGGAGGCCACGGCCAUGACCACCCAGUUCCGUAGCUCCUACCUUGCCAGAGAGAUCUUCUGGGGUCACAGGUUUGAGCCCGUGAUCUACGAGGAUCGGGACCGCUACAAGGUAGACUACGCUCGCUUCCACAAGACCUACGAGGUGCCGUCGACGCCUCACCUCAGCGCCAAAGAGCUUGAUGAGGCUGCAAGCCGGGCCUCUUCUGCUGCUUCUCCUGCCUCUGCAUGUAGAUCCACACAAGACUUGAUUCCCAGGUCGCUGAGCGCCUUCUGUUAUGAGAACGAGGUAGCACUGAGCUGUGGGGAGGAGGAGGAAGACAUCUUUGACUCCUCUCAGAUUGUAGGGAAGGAGAGGGCAGAAGAGAGGAGGACUUCACUUGCCAUGGACUUCCAAAAUAUGUUCCAAGACACUGCGACCACGACAUCAGGCAGUCACAACGUCAUGUGUGUUCUAGACAUGGACAAUAACCAGAUGGAAUUUGACAUCCUACAGACUGCUAUUCCUCUGGAUCCUGUGACCUACAAGAGUGAGCAAGAGAUCUAA